CCAAAAUUUCCGGAUUUGGUGUCCGACCGCUCGUGGUGCAUACUGGGUAGCAUAUUCACGAGGGAAGGCCUCUUGAAAGGAACAUUUUGCGCGAAGCACAUGGGCAGUAUAAAGGCAUAGCUUGUAACGGUGAAAAUCAGCUUGAAAUAAACACUUGGAGUGUUAAAAACCAGCUAGAAACUUGGCGGAGAAUCUGUUGUACACUUGUGGCAACGUUGUUGGUGUGAUUAGGAGAUCUGUGCGAUUUUUGAGGACUUUUAAUAUACGUCCUUCGGCCACGCGACCUGAGCGGACGAAAGGAAUUUAUAGUAAACCAUAUUGAAAGUAAGCAAAAAUUGUCUUAUUUACCAUAUAUUUCAUUAAAACCUAUUCGAAUUGUGAAUUAUGUCCUUUAUACAAGAGUUCAAGGCAUUAUUUUAAGCGUUUAAGUGAAAAUUAAUAGAUUUUUUCCGAAUUUUUUAGGGAAAGGAAUUUAGGAUGUCGGAUCGCGAUAACUCUUGUUACCAGUGCGGGAAGUCGGGACAUUACGCUCGUGACUGCCCUGAUUCCGAUGGUAGUCGUGGGGGCCGUGGACAGAGAAGUGGAGGAGGCGGUGGUGGUGGCAGAGGUAUAUCUUGCGCUUGCAAGUUCACAAUCUUCGCAUUUAACGAUUGAUCUAAGAAAGGCGAAGUUGUUUGAUUAGCUGUUUUAUAGGUGAUAGCACGCGGGAAACGUGUUCUGGCCUGUGCUAUGGGGGGAGGUCAGAUAUGCCUGAAAGGGGCUUUGUAUUUUUCUUGAACAGUCUGUGCCUGUUCAGGUAGUGGCAAUAAUAAGAACGCCGUGGCUAUUCGUACCGGAACAGUACGCCGAGUUUGAUUUGCUAUUCGUACUGCAGUCGUAAUAUUUAAGAUAAACCUGACCCCAACCCCUUCCCUAACCAAUAAAGGUCUAAUAAACUAUUUGAGAAUUAAAAAAGUGGGGGGGGGGAAAUUAAAAAUAUUUUAAGAGAAGUUUCUAAGUCAACAGAAAACCGAAGGUAAAAACUAAACCCGGACCCGACCUCGUUUCACUUUGCACGCACACAACUCCCUUGCCGAUUGCGCUAGCAGCAAGCUCGCUAAAAGCUAUUGCAAAAAACUAUUUUAUAUUGCUACUUUACGUAAUGUAAGAAUCGGGUGCCUUAUUCCAGUACGAAUAGCCACUUCGUAAUAAGAAAGUUUUGGAUUGAUAGGGAUACAACUACCUGAAAAAUCCAACGAGAUCUUUGACGUUUCAAGCAAAGGCCCUUCGUCAGGAAGUUAGUUUCGCUCGAAACGUCAAAGUUCUCCUUGUAUUUUUCAGGAGUCUGUUCUGGUUUGCGGGAUGUUGUGAUGGGCGAAAAAUAAAAACGUGGUAUUCCGGAUUUUAGCUGGCAUUGCGGGUUAACUUCUAAUUUCCUCCAUGCGGGAGGUAUGGACGUUUUGUGGAAUCCGAACGACCCAUUUCUGGAUGGGAUCGUACUUUGUUUCAGGAUGGGUAUCACAAUUAAGCAUGGCGGAGGAGGAUUAAAGAGAAAAUUGUUUAGAAAUGUGGGAUGUUGUAGCCAGAUGACGGGCUUCUUUACUUGUAAAUUCGGAAUGUUUGUUGUAAAGUUUUGAAGGUUUGUUUCGAAGUUUGUUCCAAUGAUUUACAAUGAAUCAAUAGCAAGGGAUUUGAUUGGAUGGUUCAUUAACUUCAUUUAACUAGCCAAUUACAACUUACUAAACUUGAUUAUUGGAAAUGAUCGAAACAAACGUCUGAACUUUACAAUGAACACUCUGAAUUUACAAGUAAACAUUGGAAGCAAAUUGAAAUCUAGGGUAACAUAUAGAUGUGUUUCCUGUUGUAAAUUUAUAAAAUACCACAAAGAGAUCAAUUUAUAAUGACAAUUAUUUUUGCUUCUAUUAGGUGGUGCCUGUUACAACUGUGGCGAAUCUGGCCAUUUCUCAAGAGAUUGCACUAAAGAGAGAGGUAAAAGAAUUAUUUGAGAACUCAAUUGCUUAUCCAGAGAAUUGUAGAAACUAGUUUGUUUCCUCAACAUUAUAAACGUUGAUACUGCUGAUUCGGGAAGACUGUUUUAUAAUGGAAAUAAUUAUUGUGUGUGUUACAAGUGUUGAAUUAUGACGUUUCUAGGCAGGUUGGUUUGAUGUUGCCAGGGUGCUGUUUACGUUAUUUUCAAAAUUCAAUCGAACCCCCGCAAUGUCAAUCAACAUAUCUAGAAACGUGAUAAUGCAACUGUUGUUGCAACGUACACGAUAAUUAUUUGCAUUAACCAGUCUUCCCUAAUCCUCAGUAACAGAGCCUGAAAUGGCAGUUGGACAUCAGACAUUUUCCAGAUGCUUUGUUUACAAACCGGCUUGUGAAUUUCAAACACAACUUGACAAGCGUUUUGUGAUAUUGACUGUAAUAGUAUAUUUUACCGGAGAAAACUAUUGGCAUACAGAACUAUUAUUAAAGAGUGCUGUGAAAUUAUAAUUUGCUAGACAUCACUAGGCAGGGUUCGAAUUAGCAGCUCGCUAUUCACAAUUUGCGAAAUUCACAAUUUGCGAAAUUCGCAAUUUGCGAAAUUCACAAUUUGCGAAUGUAAAUUCGCUUUUUGCGAAAUCAUCCAUUUUGCGAAUGAUGUUUCGCAAAAACAGAUUGAUUUUCACAAUCACUUUGAAUGUAUUUUACUAUAAUGUAAGAUAUGGAGUAUUUUGCUGACUAUUAUUGUAAUUUUGUACUAAAAAGAUGUGUGACAUGAAGAAUAUGGUUACGAAAUUUGCUACGAAACGACCACAUUUUGUUUUCCCAAGCAGUGUUUCCACUUUUCAAAACUGAAAUUUCCUUCAAAUUUUCAAGAAGGAAAUUUGCGAAUCUAUUUUUCCUGUCUUUCCUACUCUGCCCCCCCCCCAGGUAAAUUCUCCCCUGUGCUAUAGCAAUUAUAACUUGUUUCUCACUACAGUCUCAAGAUGUUACAAUUGUCAAAAGGAGGGUCAUGUAGCACGUGAUUGUCCGGAGGAGGAUUCACGAGGUGACCGUCGCAGAGGUGGUGGUGGUGGUGGUGGUGAUUGCUUCAAAUGUGGAAAACCAGGACACUUUGCAAGAGAAUGCCCCGAUAAUGAAAACAAUAACCGAGAUUAAGUGUAUAUCUCUUGACCUUUCUCAUGUGUAAUAACAAUGUGACUUUGUUCGAUGAACCUAUAUUACGAGGCCAAGGUCUUGUAAUUCACAUAUAUAGUUAUAAUGAUAUGUUCUGAAUGUUUUUGUUGAAAUGAUAGAAGUUUGUUUUAAGUAGUUGUGAAUUGUGUAUUAAUUGAAUGCUAUAUUUUCUCAAUAAUAUGUCUUCCAGUUGUUGAAUAUUUUUUAGUUUAUUACCAAAGUCAAAAGAAAAAUAUAUGUCCCCCCCCCCCGAGUCUCUAGUAACAACACAGCC